AUGAGGAAGCCCCAGCAGCAGCAGCAGCAGCAGCAGCAGCCACAAACGGGGCUUCGAUGUGGGGCGCGGCUGGUGCCUUGGCGGCAGCAGCAGCUGCUGCUGCUGCUUCCCGUGCUGCUGCUGCUGCUGCUGCUACAGUUAGCUGCCUCGCAUGCAGUCCACGUCAGCGCAAAGAGGCCGUGGGCAUUUGCAUCUCCGUCUGCUGCUGCUGCUGCUGCUCCCGUUGCUGCUGCUCCUGCUGCUGCAGUGGCGCUGCGCAUGCAGCAGCAGCAGAAGAAACAAAGAGGCAGAAAGCAUCCUCCAGCGGAGCAGGUUCGACGGCAGGAAAUGCUGCUGUGGCAGCAGCAGCAGCAGCAGCAGCUGCGGCGGCAGCAGAAGAUUCUCCGGGGUGCAGCAAACAGCAGCACGGGCAGCAGCACUUUUGAGGCUCAGUUGCUGCAGCUGCUGCAGAGUGGAGAGCGGCGCACUGUCCGCCGCAAGCAGCAGCAGCAGCACCAAAUGCAGCAGCAGCAGCAGCAAACGCAGCAGCAGCAGCAAACGCAGCAGCAGAAAGGCCAAGCGCAACGGUCCAGCCUGCCCGGUGUGAAGCCGCCACAGCAGCAGCAGAAGCACCAACUGCAGCAAAGGCAGCAGCAGCAGCAGCAGCAGCAGCAGGGAGUGCCAGCAGCAAAGCGUGGCCUUGGCAGCAAAGAAGAGGUCCCGAGCCGCAACAGAAAGCCUCAGGAGCUGCCCGAUGAUAUAGCAAAAGCAGUUGCAGCAGCAGCAGCAGCAGCUAAUGCUGCUGCUGCAGCAGGAAAGGAGCUGCCAGUCCUCUUCCCGGGAAUCCGGGCCAUUCCUCAGCAGCAGCAAAACAAGCUGCAGCAGCAGCAGCAGCAGCAGCAGCAGCAGGUGCUAGUCGAUGGCGUGGUCGAUUUGAACACCUUGCCUCACAUCGCGCCGGAGUCUCUCGGACUGCAGCAGCAGCAGCAGCAGCAGCAGCAGCAAGAGGAGCGACAGGAUGGAACUGCUGCUGGCGAGAACAGCAGCAGGGCCGAGGACUCUUUGCUGCUGCUGCAGCCUUCUUUGCGGCGCUCUUUGCUGCGCGGCGGCAUCAGAUGUCUUUCGCCGCUGCAGCGUGCUGCGCUGCUGUGGCAGCAGCAGCAGCAGCAGCAGCAGCAGCAGACCGCAGAGGGCGGGGGCAGCAGCAGCAAAAGCAGAUGCGACAAUGUGCUGCUGCUGCCGGGCCCCACAGGCAGCGGGAAAACGCUGGCCUACGUACUUCCCAUUUUUCAGCAGCUUCUGGCGCAUGCAGAGGAGCAGCAGCAGCGCCUGCAGCAGCAGCAGCAGCACCUGCAGCGCCUGCAGCAGCAGCAGCAGCUAAUGCAGCAGCAGCUGCGGCUGCCGCAGCAGCAUCAGCAGCUGCCGCAGCAGCAAGAGCACCAGCACCAGCACCAGCAGCAGCCACAGCAGCAGCAUGAGCAGCAGCAGCAGCAGCAGCAGCAGCAUGAGCAGCAGCAGCAGCAGCAGCAGCAGCAGCAGCAGCAGCAGCAGCAGCAGCAGCACGUGUGCGCCAGCUUGUCUCGCGUGAAGGGAGGCAUUAGGGCGCUGGUUUUGGCGCCCACGAGAGAAGUGGCAGCUCAAGUGUACAGACUUUGCUGCAGCCUCAGCAGCGAGGUGCAGCAGCAGCAGAAACUGCUGCAGCAGCGCCACGCUGCUGCUGCUGCUGCUGCCGACGGCGCCUCAGCUGCUGCUGCUGCUGCGGGCCCGUGCUGCUGUGCUGCUGCAGUGAGGCCCGCGCUGCUGAUUGGAGGCGCAAACCCGCAGCUGCUGCUGCAGCGGCUGCGGCAGCAAAAAGCAAAUGUGCUUGUUGCUACUCCGGGCCGCCUGCUGCAGCUGCUGCGCCUCAAGGCAGCGAGCCAGCAGCAGCAGCAGCAGCAGCAGCAGCAGCAGAAACGACCCAAGGGGACCGGAGCCUUGCAGCUGCAUGCGCUGCAGUUUGUUGUUGUGGAUGAAGCAGACGCAUUCUGCAGCAGCAGCAGCAGCAAGAGCAGCAGCAAGAGCAGCACUAGCAAGGUCGCGAGCAGCAAGAGCAGCAGCAGCAACGCCAACAGAACUAGCACCAGCAGCAGAAGCAGCAGCAGCAGCAGCAGCAGCAGCAGCAGCAGCAGCAAGGUAAGGGAUCGCUUCGGUGAUCUCACUGAGUUGCUGCAGCGCAGCAUGAGCAGCAGCGGAGGCGGCAAGGGCUCGCCGCUGCUGCUGCUGGCUUCUGCUACUUUGGGGGAGGCCCCGAAGGCGAUAUUAGGGGCCCUUGGGAGGUCUGCUGCUGCUGCAGCAGCAGCAGCAGCAGCAGCUGCUGCUGCUGCUGCUGCAGGCGCAGCAGCAGCGCUGCCCAGCAACUUGCUGCACCUCGCGGUGUCUUCGCAGCACUGCAACAAAGUGGCGCUGCUGCUGCUGCUGCUGCGGGCGGAGCCUUUGAACAAGCGCUGCAUUGUGUUUUGCAGAUCCCCUCUUGCUGCUGAACACCUCCAGCGAGCUCUGGCUCUUCGCUUGGGCCCCAAAAGGUCCCUUUUGCUGCAGGGGGAUGCAGAGGGGCGGGAGCGCCGUGCUGCUGUUGCUGCUAUGCAGCAGCUGCCUGCUGCUGCUGCUGCUGCUGCUGCUGCUGCUGCGACAGCCGCCACUGCUGCAGUUCUCGUCGCCUCUGAGACAGCAGCAAGGGGGCUCGAUCUGCCCCUCCUUACCCACGCAAUCAACUUCGAUCUCCCUACCGAUGCACUCUCGCUGGCGCACCGCAGCGGGCGAGUUGGCCGCGCGGGCAAUCCGGGCUGUGUAAUAUCUUUAGUGGCUUCAGCAGCAGAGAGGCUGAAGCUGCAGCAGCAGUACCAGCAGCUGCAGCAGCAGCAGCUGAUGCUGCAGCAGCUGCACUACUGCGUGCCCCACGAGGGAAGACUCUGGCGUGUUUCGGAGCCUUAA